AUGACGGCUGGUUCCAACAAUGGAACAGGCGACGCUUCUGGAUCCAUCAAUGACAUGCACUUGUCGCCGUUUCGAGUGCUGGGGAUUGCCUUGGUGGUGGAUCAGCUCGGCAAAGAAGCCAGAAUGGCCUUUCGCUACCCCACGUCACUGAACAGUGGCACCACUUCGGACAGAGGAGGCGACAAUCAUCAUUAUCCGACAAUGAAGAGCAGCAGCAGCAGCAGCAAUGAGCUCUUCUUUACUCUGUCAUCUCGACAAAUGGCAAAGCUAUUCCGACCCAAGCACGCCCUCUGUGGACAACCCAUGACACUUUCCGUGGGAGGCACCGUGUUUUGUUUCCGUGCCGUUCUCAUGGGAGACUCUUCCGUGGAAUCAUCCUCCAAUCAUCACAGUAAUAGUAAUAAUAAUGAAGCCACAACAGCAGCAGCAGCUUCUUCCUCGGCGUCCGUCACAUCCUCCAAUAGCAACAAUACAAACAACAAUACCGCCACCAACAACAAUUUACACACCAACAGCGACCAGCUGGUUCUCUUUAGUGUCAUUGUGGCACUGGCUCCUCAAAUCGAUAUUUCAUCCAUACCCAUUUCGGGAUGGUACGAAGGAAAUGACAAUGAAAAUCAAGCAGACUUGCUCAAUCAGAGCUUGCAUCGAUUCUAUUCGUCCGCAUCGGUAGGAGGAUCCUCGGACGGAAUGGGAUCCCACAGCAGUCACAUCCCCGUAUCCCAGGAGAAUCAUCGAGCUUCGGCAUCCUUCUUGGCCAUUCGACGAGUCCAACUCUCCUUGGCUCGACUGUGUCGCGUCUUGGAACGAGAAGAAAAGCGAUGUCGAUACAUUUCCAUACAAACCAAUCACUUUUUUCGAAUACGAGCCGAGCUACAGAAAAAGUGGGAAGCCGGAGUCGUGGUGCCUCCCAAUGGUGCUGGUGCUGGUAAUACUAAACCACCCAGCAGUCCCAAAUCCGAGUUUUCGGGUAAGGGGCCUUCGGCGGCCGAACGAAGCAAAAAAGGUGCCGCUCAUCAUCGAAGGGGAAACUCGUUUAGUCAUGGUAUUCUCGGCGGUGGCGAUGCAUCCGUGAAGGAACACCGACGCAAGGACAGCACCAGCAGCACGAACCCUCAUCCAACACCCAGUGCCGAGCUACUCGAAGAAGACAAAGAGCAGGAGAUACUGGAGCAAAUACUGGCGUCGGGGCCACAAAAAGAGGACGGUGCGGAUCGACAACAACAUGGAAACCUUGGACGAGAGUUGGUGCAUGUCUUUCAUGCACUCUCCAGGAAUGACCACGACUUUCCACCAUCACCGUCUGUACUCAGUGGACGCGAUGGAGUCGUCUACGUGAAUCGACACAUUGCAGUAGCCAUGGAAGCAGUCUCCCAACCAAAGACGCUCUCCUCUGCGCAACAAAAGUUGAACAGUGUCAUUGUACGACCCUACCACACGCUGAUUUUUCCAAUAGCAAAUGCCUCUCCGUCGCAAUUGCUACAAGCGCUACAGUCGUCAGGGUUCACAGUGCCAUUGCAACAGUUGUUGCUCAUGGUGCGUCCCUCCAAACCGUUGAUGGACAUUGCCGUGGAUGCCAAUUUGAAACUAUCCGUCACAAUGGAACUGGCCAACUACAUGGUGAGCCAUGGAGCAUGCGUGGCAUCCACCGUGUUGACUCGAGCUUCGCGGUUGGCGUGUAAGAGAGUGGACCGCAUUCAAGAGCUGGCCUUGGACUUUUCCCAAACCUUUGACGAUUGGUCCGUCAGCCUGUUUUUGAUUGUCAACUUUCUUACUAACAAUGGAAGGACAUUGGGAGAAUCCAUGAAAGCCUUGACGACUGGUGACGAUGUGGUUAGUGCCUCUCUCCGGGCCGGCAUUUUAUCGGCAAUGUUUCAUGAAGAUGACACGGACGAGUACAUUUUUGUGGAAAACAACGACGAAGGUGUGAAUGGUGUAGUGGUGAAUGGUCCAGGAUACGUAUCUCCCGGCCCUUCCGAAGACCUCAAGCAGCAUCAGCUUCUCCAUCCGCGAUCCGAAGAACUGGACGAAGUUCUCUACUCCAUGGCGAUAUGGCUGCUGUCUCAUCAAGUACUGGCGCACGUGCAAGACUAUUUGGUACUACAUUCCAGUGUUUCCAGUGGGAACUCGAGCCACCCGCCCACUACAGCGCCAUUAGCAGGUUCUCCAGAUGCGACAAUGCCUACAAAGACAACACCAGCUGCAGCAACAACAAACGCCGACGGGAAGGCCAGCCGGGUUGACGCUUCCACAGCUGAACCUCCAAUGACUUUUGAUGACAGUCUUUUGAAAGAAUUGCACGAGUCGGAUUGUUUGAACGGGAACGCAUCCAUCGUGGCCAUAUCUUGGCGAUUGGGCUUGGACGAAGGGAGGUUACGAGCAUGGGCAGCGCGUCAUGACAAACUACGUAUUGUAUCAAGGGUUGCGGCAACCGGGGAUGAUUGGGGUGCUGUGUAA